AUGGCACUAUGGCUAUGGCUUGAAAAAAUCGGGUACCAUAACCUUAUCCAUAAAGUAGCAUCUUUACAAGGUACCCUUAUCAAUGCCAUUGUUGUUGAAGCUAUAACUUGCUUGCAAUUUUUGGAGAGGGAUAACCCUCCUAUCCCAAUUGGAGGUGGUUUACCCUUGACUAAAAUGCUCAUAAAAAAAGACAUCUCUCUUGAGAUGUUCAUCUCGAAAAGGUAUACGGCAAUGACUGGCAUUAAAAUCGUUUUAAAUGAGACGUGCGCUCGAGUUUUUAAUGAUGUUUUGCAGAUAGUUUUGAAAAGGAAAAACAUAAUCGAAACACGGGGUAGUAGUAGUACCACAUCACGAACUCACGCACUCAACAUGCCUUUGAUUCUUCCAGGUUUUCCUCACCCUUUAUUUGGCAGCUUUGAUUUGUUACCAAGAAACGAGAACACCAGCUUGUCUGAUGAAAGUAUAUGGAUUCAAAAGAAACCCUAUGACGACGCUACGAAUGAUGAUAAAUCCUUGUUUCUCACAUUUUCUAGAGGCUUCCCUGUGUCGGAAAUGGAGGUGAGGUACUUGUUCACAACUAAUUAUGGGGAUUGUGUGCAACGUUUGGUCAUGGGAGGAAAUCAUGUCAAGAAUGAUCAACCUUUAUUUGCAGUUAUGAUUUUGAAAAUGGUGGAAAUUGUGGAUCAAAUUCUGGCUGGGAAACGUGUUGCCAAGCUUCAAAUCAACGGAAAACACAUUUGGGCUCGCAAGUACGAGCCUCGUCUCUGA